UUUAUGUCUAUACUCCAUUAUCAUUCAUAUCAUUAUCAAUUGGAAACUAACCCUCUGGUCAUAGACUGUGUAUACAGCAAUUCUUAUAUUAUUCUCAUUAAAUUAAAAUUGUUGUUACAAGUGAAUCAUCUUUAAAUAAUUGAGUUUUAACUAUGUUUAAUGUAUCAAAUGUAUCUAUCUCAAAAACAGCCAAUUCAAAAUAUGUAAAGCCGUUUUCUAUCAAUUACACAUUGAAUGGUUUUAAGAAGACUUGGGAUUUAAUAGAAACUCAUAAUAGUGUUUCCAUUGUCAUAUACAACCACACCAGAAAUGUUUUAGUAUUUGUAAAGCAGUUCAGGCCAGGUGUUUAUAUCAACUCAAUACCAGAAGAGGAUAGGGUGAGUCCAAUUGAUACUAACAAGUAUCCCUCAAGCCUGGGUGUGACUUUAGAGCUGUGUGCUGGAAUCAUCGACAAAGACAAACCUCUCGAGCAAAUCGCUCGAGAAGAAAUUUUAGAAGAAUGUGGCUAUGAUGUUCCUCUUGACAAAAUUAAGAAAAUUAAAAAUUACAGGGGAGCUGUAGGAUUUGCUGGAGAACACCAGACACUUUUCUAUGCUGAAGUCACCGAUAAUAUGAAAGUAAGCCAAGGAGGAGGAGUAGCUGAGGAAGGUGAAUUUGUAGAAGUUGUAGAAAAGACUUUGCCAGAAGCCAAGCAAAUGCUCGAAGAAGAAACCUUUAAUUCUCCACCUGAAUUUUUGUAUGGUCUGCUGUGGAUUUUCCAUUAUAUAUUUCCAAACGUAUAGGCCAUUAUUUCUUAAAGUUUCUCAUUCCACACACCAUAUGUAUUAUUAGAUAGAAUAAUUUUAUCAGUUACCAUUUUAAACUAUCUAAAUUCAAUCAUUUUGCAUAGCUUAACAAGUUUACUAUGUAAUAUGAUUCAACAGUGAUUCAUAGUUCACUUUAAGUUUUAGAACCCUAUCACAUUUCACAAAGCUGACUGUUAUAUUUUUUGGACCAUUUGUAUCCCUUGUUCCUGCCAGUUUCAGCUGUUGUAAAAAAGCUGUUGUCUGUUGUGUUAUUGCAUCAGCCAACAGCUUAGACGCUACAGAUUAGAUCUUUAAUAUGUUUCUCAAGUUCUGGAGCUUUAUUCAAUAAUUCAGUAUUGGCCUAAUUGAAUAGAAAUAGUGUGGGACAUGAGUUAUGGGUGGUUCACCAAAACACCAUACACUCCAUAACAAAACACAACCUUGUAGCUCUGCCAAUUUCACCAAGAACACUGUAGCGCUUACUUACACUAAACUAUCAGAAAUCAAGGUCCAUCCAGUGACUUACUUCCCAAUAUGAGAUUGAUUACCAAAUUUAACAAUGCAACAACAAACAUUUUAAAUCUAUCUCAAGGCCAGGAUGACUAUGUAUAGCUUUUGAACAAAUCUUAUAGCAUUAUGCAUACAAGACAAUAAAACCUAUAGCUUUGUGCAUACAAGACAACAAACCCUAUAGCAUUGUACAUACAACAUAACAAAAUCUAUAGAAUUCUGCAUACAAGAUAACAAACCCUAUAGUAUUGUAUAUACAACAUAACAAAAUCUAUAGAAUUGUGUAUACAAGACUACAAACCUUAUAGCAUUAUACAUACAAACAAUAAACAUGUCCAAACUUUAACUGCAAUUAUUUUUAGUUGAGAAUGAGAGUGUGAAGCAGGCAAAUCAAGAGGUGAUGUGUUUCAUACAUGAAAAUUUUUUACCAAGCAUUGGGAAAUGUGUAAAAUAAGAAGCUUAUUGAAAUUAUAAUCUAAGGUGCCAAGAAAUUUUUGUGACAGUACAGUUAGAGAGAGAGAGAUUUAGAAAAAUUCUAAAAUUUUUAUAAUUUAGAGUUUUUCAUUUUAAAAUAAUGGUUAAAUUUUUGAAAAAUAAUAUAUUUUUUUUUAUUAUUUCACACAUAUUAGGUACAAUAGCAUCAUACUAUUCUUAUUGUUUACUAUGGAUAAGAUUUAAAAACUGCAUAUUAGAUUUACAAACGUUUAAAUAAUGAAAACAGAUUUAUAAAUUUGUAAAGAAAUGUAAUGAUUAAAAACAAAGAAAUAAAGAUAUUUUAAUGUUUGAAAUCUGA